UCGUGAUCGAAUCGUACCAUCCCAGCACUCCGAAAAAUCUGGCCCCGAAUCCGAAAUCGCCCCAUAUAAAGCCAGCGCGUGCUUGCCAGCCCCCCUCGUCUCCCUUUCCCCACUCCCCGUCACCUUUUCGUAGCCCCCGCCUCCAACAUGACUGUCCCCGUGCUCGAGCAGGAUAUCCCCCGCCCCAAGGACGUCGGCGUCCUCGGUAUGGAGGUCUACUUCCCCUACCGAUGCAUAUCGGAGGCCGAGCUCGAAGAGUACGACGGAGUGUCGAAGGGGAAGUACACCAUUGGUCUUGGGCAGGAAUACAUGGCCUGGCCCGACGACCGCGAGGACAUCAACUCCUUCGCGCUGAACGCUGUCGCUGGUCUGCUGGAGAAGUACAAUGUCGACCCGAAGUCCAUUGGCCGUAUCGACGUUGGCACCGAGACCAUCAUCGACAAGUCCAAGUCGGUCAAGACGACCCUCAUGGACCUCUUCGCUGAGGCCGGCAACUACGACAUCGAGGGUAUCGACUCGAAAAACGCGUGCUACGGCUCGACCGCGGCGCUCUUCAACGCCAUCAACUGGAUUGAGUCCAGCUCGUGGGACGGUCGCAACGCCAUCGUUGUCGCUGGCGACAUUGCCGUCUACGCAGAGGGCGCUGCUCGCCCCGCAGGUGGUGCCGGCGCCGUCGCCAUCCUCAUCGGCCCCGACGCGCCUGUUGUCUUCGAACCCAUUCACGGCAACUACAUGAGCAACACCUACGACUUUUACAAGCCGAACCUCUCCUCCGAAUACCCCGAGGUCGACGGCCCCGUCUCCGUUGUCACCUAUGUCGCCGCGCUCGACGCCGCGUAUACCGCCUACCGCGCCAAGACCGCGAAGGCGUUGAAGCGCGGUGUUUCCAAGGCCGGCGUCGCCUCUGCCCCUGCCGACCUCUCCGCCUUCUCCCUAUCCGACGUCGACUACGCCAUCUUCCACUCCCCGUACGGCAAGCAGGCCCUCAAGGGCCAUGCGCGCAUGCUCUUCAACGACUUCAUCGCGAACCCCGCGGACCCGCAGUUCGCGAACCUGCCGGGUGCGGAGGAGCUGAAGGCGCUCGACUACGAGGCGUCGCUGCGCGACAAGAACGUCGAGAAGACGUUCGUCGCCGCGUCGAAGGCCUCCUUCGCGAAGAAGACGGACCCGGGCAUGGCGUGCUCGCGGCGGUUGGGCAACAUGUACACCGCGUCGCUGUAUGGGUGCCUGGCUUCGUUGUUGUCGACUGUCGCGCCGGCAGAGCUGAAGGGCAAGCGCGUGAGCUUGUAUGCAUUCGGCUCGGGCUGCGCGGCGAGCUUCUUCACCGUGCGCGUCAAGGGCGACACGUCGGCGAUUCGGGAGAAGAUGGACCUCAUCGACCGCUUGUCGAAGAUGAAGGUCGUCCCGCCGCAGGAGUUUGUCGAUGCCCUGCACCUCCGUGAGAAGAACCACAACGCGAAGGACUUCACCCCGGAGGGCUCGGUCGAGAAUAUCUGGCCCGGGGCGUAUUACCUGGAGAACAUCGACUCCAAGUACAGGCGCAAGUAUGCCAAGCGCCCGCUUGCGUGAGCGACCACUACCUGUUCAGCGGGGGUGAUCACUCGCUCAACGGCGCUGACUACUCGCCUGUCCUGGAUAGAGGGGACUGGCGCAGGGCCCUAUGGCACACAUACACACAUACCUAGAUACUUCGGAUAGACACAUAACCCAUCGUAAUGCUUUGUACUUAUAACCCUAUUGGAUCUCGCGUCGGCGUUGAAGGCUCUGAUGCUUGUGCUCUGCUAA